AUUGUAAUUAGGGGUCGUUUGGAUGCUUGUAAAAUUUUAAAUUGUAAACACUUCACACUUGAAAAGAGUUUCUGUGUAGACUGUUUUACAUGCUAUCGUGUUCAGCUUUUAAGUUGGUCACACUUGUUAGACUGAUUAGAUGUCAUGCACCCAACAGACUGGGCCCCACACACAAUCUAGAAGGUUUUUAACGGUGGGCGUCCCAUCCCAACUGUCCCCUGUUGUGUGGUCUACAUGAUGGUGGAUGACCUGCCCCUAAGAACUUUCGCAGAUUGGAAAAUCCUAUCCUUUCAACUGGUGGCUAGCAAAUUGAUGGUUAAGUAAGAAAUACAGCAUUGGUCCACAUUCUUUUGAUAAAAGGCUACAGAUUCAAUGGGGGGAUCAAAUCAAUGGUUUGAAUCAUUGAACCAUGGAGCCCACUAUUACGAACUAGAAACCUGAGUGUACUGUACUAUUUCGAGUUGAGCCUUGUAUAAUUCAAGAUUGAAAAAUUAUUAGAAUUGAACUUAUUGUCAUGAUUAAAUGCUAUAAUUAUUACAAGAUUUGUUAUCACUGCGGAUUGCAGUUACAACUGUUGAUUUGAGAAUGGUCAAAUGAGGAAAGUAAGGAAUUUUUCUUUUUCUUUUUCCGCUGAUCAACAUGUUGGUUCUAUUGUAAUGUGGGGAAACUCUUGAAGUAUCAUAAUUCCAUCUGGCCAAAUGCAAUCUUGAGUAAGUAGAAAGGAAUUGUUUUCUUAAGAUCUUCAAUUUCUUUGAAGAGACAAGCAAGUCAUUAGUUGUUAUGCAAGCUUAAAAGUCUUUACCACUGUCCAUUUUAGUAGGAAAUGGUAUCAUCAUGGAAGCUGUAUUAUGCCCUUUAAAAAAAAAAUAGCUUUUCAUAGUAAUCUGCAAUAUAGUUUUGGUCUCAAAUUGUUGAGGCUAAUUUAAGUCCCAUAGUUUGCUACACAUGUUGGACUUUGAGGACCCAUUUGAAUUACUAUAGCCGCUCAUCCUUGGGGCUGACCUUCCUGUGCUUGUCGAGUUCUGGGCUCCAUGGUGUGUUCCCUUCCACAUGAUCCAUCCCAUAAUAGAUGAAUUGUCAAGGGACUAUGCUGGGAAGCUGAAAUGCUUCAAGGUGAACACUGAUGAGAGCCCAUCAAUCACAACCCAAUAUGGAAUCCGCAGCAUCCCGACUGUCAUCAUCUUCAAAAAUGGCGAGAAGAAAGACGCAAUCAUUGGCGCAGUCCCCAAAACUACGCUAACUGCAAGCAUCAACAAAUUCUUGUAGAGGUAAGUAUCUAUGCAAGAAAUAGUAGUGUUCAUUCUCUUCAAGGACAUUAAAUCUUGUGAGUUUAGACUCUGCCACCAUGAUCUUUCUAUAUGCUUUGAUGUAUAUAUAGACACAAAGGCUGCAAUUUCGAUCUUUGUGGGUCUGGUGCUCUCCUGUAUCUUUGUUACUUUUGAAAUUUCCUUACUAUAAAGAUGUCCUUUGCACGUUUAAAAAAAGAAGAAAAAAAGUGCCCUCUCUCCUCUCGUUCCCAUUUCUUCCCCCUUUUCUCUCCUUCUAAAUUUCUGAUCAUCCCCUUUUCUUAUUAUAGGGCUAGGAUUUUUAUUUUCCAUUUCCAAUCUUUUCUCCCCCUCUCUUCUACGCAAGAGGGAAAGCAUCGGUGUUGACGGAGAUUCCAUCAAUGGGGGUGAUUCGAGUGUCAGCAGCAAGUUUGUAGAGGAGCCCUUUGUGACCAUACCCAAGGACACCAUCGUGGAGGCCCUUAGAGUCAUACUUGGUAAGUAUGAAAUGAAUGAAGGCUUUCCAUAACAUGCAACGUCCCAGACUGAAGUCGGAGGAGAAAGAGACUGGAAAACCCAACAUUGCCAAAAUUUUGCAGCAGUCGGGAAGGCAAGGAUAUUGAGACAAAUGAGUCUUUGAACAAUAAUGGUGGUUACUGGGAAGACAAGGCUGCCAACAUUACUGCUUGCAAGGGAAUGGCAGUGGUUGCUCUUUUAAGGCAUUUUGGAUGCCCUUGCUGGUAAGGUUGGAGGCUUACAGUGAUUAAAUGCAUAUUUUUUUCGUGAGGAAUUGCUAUUCAUUUUGAAAAGCAGGAUAUAUUUUGACAUGUCUUCCUUCAACCAUUUUAUUUUUAUUUUUUUGAAGCUGGGAACUUGCUUCAACACUGAAUACACUUAAAUCUAUCACGCAUUUGAUUUUCAUUCGAUUUUGGUACAUGACAGGCAAUUCAAAUAAGUUGAACUUGAUCCAUGGUGCAGGGAUCUUAAUGGAAACUCUCUAUCUGGAAGAGUCCCUGCGAAACUCAAGAGGACAGCCUCUCCAUGGAGCUAGCUUCAAGCAAGCUGUCAUUUAUAAGAAUGAUUACUAACUUAUGAGGCCAUAUUUAUGUUUCCUUUCAAUUAGUGAACAUGUAAUGCCUGAGGUAGUCCAUGACAAUUGACAACUAC